AUGGAGGUGAAAGUGUCAGGCCAUUUGCCACCCCGGGUUGCACCACUGAUAUAUAAUAUCUGUGCCAUUUUGCAACCGAGGGUGCGUUGGCUAAUAAAGCAGAUAGUAGAGGUGCUCGGUGCUACCACAAUGCGGGCCGAGAAGGUCAACAGACCCGGUGCUCUCAGCAGAAUGGGCCGUGAAAGACCUCUGUUGACGGCGAAUGGAGAAAGGCUCAUCACUUUCGCCCUCUUGGGGGAAGAGGGGAAGAGGGGUGGGAGAGCUCUUAUCUUAAUUAGCAUUUCCUCGGAAAGGAGACUCGAGGGAUCUAGGACACGCAGGUGUAAUGAAGCGAUUUCAAUUGAAUGUGAUGUGAUGGUUCACUAUUUAAUGGUGGAGAAAUCCAGCUUGUGGUCGCCUGAUCCGGCUAAUCGCAACAACGAAGUCAGAUCGCAGAGUUAUUUUAGUCCUCUCUUUGUUGCGGCGUAUCCGAAGCGAUCCCUUUUGUCUGGCCUGGUCUCAAGAGGUAGACUCAAGAUUCGCUGGAUAGCUAGUGUAAUGUAAGAUAUACGGCAGUUAAAAGUGAACAAAGUCCACGAAAUCGAUAGAGAAAAGUGGAAGGCAGAAAUUGAAAAAAAAACAAAAAAACAAGGGUUGUUAUAUACACCAGUUGAGCCAAGCAAAGAAGAAGAAAAAGACAUAUUUUUAAUGUUGUGUAUGUUUAUAAAAGGAGCUUUAAAGGAAGGAUUUUGGAUUGUUAAGAUUUUAUGCGAGAAGAAUUUAGUGGAGACACACUGCUCAACUCCAUAAAUCCAUAGGUAAGUGUUGAACUAGCCGGAAAUGUCUAGUAGUAAUUGUGAAGAUUUUAAGUAAGACGUUUGUCUGAGAAAUUCGUAGGUAUUGGGUCUUUUUAACAGGGAUAAACGGAGUAUUAU